AUGACGGAUGACAGCAGCAACCACAGGAAUUGCAGCAAGUCAAUCAAUAGACGCAACAUCAUCACCAUCAUCUACAGCAUCUACAGCAUCUACAGCUUCUACAACAUCUGUACCUUCUACAGCAUCUACAGCAUCUACACCUUCUACAACAUCUACAGCUUCUACAGCAUCUACAGCAUCUACUGCAUCUACGGCUUCUACAGCAUCUACGGCUUCUACAGCAUCUACGGCUUCUACAGCAUCUACAGCUUCUACAGCAUCUACACCUUCUACAACAUCUACAGCUUCUACAGCAUCUACAGCAUCUACUGCAUCUACGGCUUCUACAGCAUCUACAGCUUCUACAGCAUCUACACCUUCUACAGCAUCUACAGCUUCUACUGCAUCUACACCUUCUACUGCAUCUACAGCUUCUACUGCAUCUACACCUUCUACUGCAUCUACAGCUUCUACAGCAUCUACAGCUUCUACUGCAUCUACACCUUCUACUGCAUCUACAGCUUCUACUGCAUCUACACCUUCUACUGCAUCUACAGCUUCUACUGCAUCUACACCUUCUACUGCAUCUACAGCUUCUACUGCAUCUACAGCUUCUACUGCAUCUACACCUUCUACUGCAUCUACAGCUUCUACUGCAUCUACACCUUCUACUGCAUCUACAGCUUCUACUGCAUCUACACCUUCUACAGCAUCUACAGCUUCUACAGCAUCUACAGCUUCUACAGCAUCUACACCUUCUACUGCAUCUACAGCUUCUACUGCAUCUACGGCUUCUACUGCAUCUACUACUGAAGUGAAAACCACUCUGGACUUUCGCUCUUCUGACGCAUUUGUAAAUGCACUCAGCGAUCCAAACACAGUGGAGUUCAAGAAUAGGGCACAGUCUGUCAAGAAUCAGCUUGAAGGAGUUUACAAAAAAAAAUUUUCAAACUUCCUUAGACUCAUUGUUAAAGGAUUCAG